AUGACGUGCUCGGAUAGGCCGCAGAUGUUCUACCUUCCGAACACCAUGGCUAACUGGCCAUGGCCGCGGAGGAUUAACCCAUUUUUCGAAGAAGUCAAGGCUGAGGUCGACGAAUGGUUCCGCUCCUUUAAUGCACUCUCCCAAAAGUCGUUGAAAGCAUUCGAGAAGUGUGACUUCGUUCGCCUUGCUGCGUUGUCUUACCCUGAUGCCUCGCGAGCAGAGCAUCUUCGAAUUGGAUGCGAGCUCAUGAUCGUUUAUUUCAUUGUGGAUGAGUAUACCGAUGUUGAGGAUGCCGAUCGCGCUGCGGAGAUGGUUGACAUCAUUAUCGACGCCUUGAAGAACCCACACAGACCACGUCCGGAGGGCGAAGUCAUCCUGGGUGAGAUUAUCAAACAAUUCUGGUCCAGAGCUAUACAAUCCGCAAGUCUGACGUCCCAGCAGCAUUUCCUGGACGAUUACAUCACCUAUCUCCGUGCUGUCAUUGUGGAAGCUGGUGAUCGUGACAAGAAUGCAACUUACGACAUCCAAGGAUACCUUUCCAUUCGUAGACAGACCGUCGGUGCUCAGUCUGCAUUUGCCAUCUUUGAGCUCGGUUUGAACCUUGUCGACGAAGUGUACUACCACCCCGCAGUGACAGAGCUGAUCGAUUGCGCCGCCGAGCUGAUCCUGAUCGACAACGAUUUGGCGUCAUACAACAGGGAACAAGGGACUGGUGAUGAAAAUCACAACUUGGUAACAGCGAUCAUGUUCGAGCUCGGUCUUGACCGGAGCGGUGCGAUGGCAUGGGCAGCUGCGUACCACACAGAGAUCGAAGCCAGGUUCAUCAACGGCUUGCUUAAACUACCUUCGUGGGGCGCCAAACUGGAUGCACAGCUCAAGGAAUACUUGAAUGGCAUUGCCAACUGGGCACGGGCCAACUACUGCUGGAGCUAUGAAAGCCAGCGUUACUUCGGCAGCAGGGGCGGGGAAAUCGAAAAGACGAGAUUGGUACCUUUACUUUUGAAGGCGAGACGUGAUCCAAAAUUGCGUGAACAGGAUAUCGUCGUUGCAGACUUGCAGCUCUGA